AUGUGUAGCCAUAACUCAAAUGAUCUGAAUUUUUCAAAAUCCGAUUCUUCAUAUGUGGAUGCAGUUGCACUUUAUGGUCACAAUUCAACAGCUUAUAGUUUAGCGAAACUUUUCUCAUCUGUUGGCGUUCAUGUUUAUAUAUUAUCAUCGAACAGAAAUGAAAUAGAUUCAUCAUCAAAUAAUUUUACUAUAAUAAAUAAUCAAGAUGAUUUACCAUAUUUAUCAUCUGUAUUAAUCAAUUGUCAAAAUGAUUUAAUAUUAAUAAAAAAUUUAAUAAAUUCAUUUCCCAACGAUUAUAGACAACGUAUGGCUUAUGUUGAAUGCUCAUCAUUUAUGGGCCAUAAUCAAAUUGAAUUAAUUUAUGAAGAAACAAAAUUUCGAUAUUAUCUUUGCAUGAAUUUAAUUGAAUUAGAAAUAAGUACAAUGACUCGACAACAUUUUCAUCUUAUUUCUAGUGGAGAUAAAAUUGUUUUUCAAAAUUUACUUCUACAAACAAAGAUACCAGCAAAAAUAACAUUUUUAAAUCAAACAAAAACUCCAUUUGAUUCUUAUUAUAUUUGUUUAUUACAUCGAUAUUCACAAGCAAUUCAUUUAGUUAUUUAUGCUGAGAUGAUGGCUAUUUUAAAAGCUGCAAAUCCUAUAUAUCCAGCCAAUCUUCAAUUUUUAUUUAAUUGGUGUUACAUAAGACGGCCAUUAAUGCGUCAAAUAAUUCUUCAAUCAUCAUCAUCGUCAUUUACAUUUACAACAAUAAACGAUUUUCAAUUACUUCUCGAAUGUGUUAUCGACCAUUUUUAUAAAACAAAUUUAAAUGAAACUGAUAAUAAUCAUUUAAAGGCCUUAACAUAUAAAACUUAUCAAUUUAUUUCCAAUUUAGAUAUGAAACAAAAACAAAAACCAUUAUAUGAAUUAUUUACAUUAUACUAG